GGCGUACAGUUUCGGGAUCUGAAAGUCGCUACCCUCCUCAAGCCGCCCUAAUUAAGUUUCGCGAAUCGGAAGAUGGUGUUUGAACCAAUCGGCAAAAAAGAUUUACACAAAAGAUAACAAAUUUGUUGAUAUCUUUGCAAACAACAAUCUAUCCAAGGAGAAGUACGUUUUCAACUACAUUGCUAAUUCAAAGGGAAUACCCAUUCUUAAUCAACCAUCUUCAACAUUUCAGGCUUUGCUAUUGUGAACAUUUUGCCCUGCUGGUUGUUUAUUGUUUCACUGUUGUCAAGGGUUACUCAGCGCCAACACUUAUUCAACAUCCAUUGUUACAAAGUUGUAUUGAUAAAAAGGGGUUUAUAAAAGGUUGCCAUAAUGUUUAGGACGCCCCCAUUAAAGUCUGAAGCUAAGUUUGCGACACCUGCUAAACAAGUUAUUGACACAGAUUUAAGCUCAAGUCCCGUUGGUGUGAAUUUUGAAUAUGGUGAUGAUAAGGUUAGUCACAACAAUUAUAAACAUUUCCUACCCACACCUCAAAGUCCUUCAAUCUCUACACCAAGUGCAAAAGGGUUGAGCAUAUCAACAUCUAAUGAGUUUCAGUAUUAUAAAGGAAGUGGGAACUAUACAUCUCCUUUGACAUCACCGGUCAGCGUGUUCUCGGAUGAUUCUUCAAAAACAUUAGCAAGCUCCCCAGCCGCCUCACAUCAAAAAUACAUUCCUCAUUCUUCAGUGAUAUCGAAUCAAAAUGUGAUUGAUAGUCUAGAAGAUUUCAUUAUUGAUCCAAGUUUUAAAUUUGAUGUUAUGAGUAAUCAAGUUAUUGGUAAAGGUUCCUUCUCCACUGUUGUGAAAGCUAAAUUUAAUGAUCAUUUUUAUGCUAUCAAAGUUCCAUCAAGUGUCAAGAAUAGCAGACCAAUAUAUCGCGAAGCUUUGAACUAUAAGAUCAUUUCAAGCUAUUUACAAUUGCAUGAUUUCAAUUGUGAUGAGUUCCCAAUAUUGAACGUUUAUGGGUUAACUUAUCUUACGAAAGCCAAUUAUCCUAAAUUGAGAUUCCAUGAAGUUGCACCUUGUUUAGUUUCUUCAAACUUGUCAUCAAACCUUGAAACUUUGAUCAAAAGAAUCUCAAAUGAAGAGUCUAAACUUCAUAUUGGUGAAGAUCUAUGGUGGAAACUAGCCAAGGAAUUGAUUAUGGGACUUAUUGUCUUGAGAGAUUGUGAAAUAAUACAUUUAGACCUUAAAACUUCCAAUAUAUUGUUUGAUGCUGUUAAUGAUGAUUUCAAAAUUGCUGAUUUUACAAGUGCUGGAUUGAAAACUGAUAUUUUGAAGGAAUUUCAUGAAAAGGCACAAUCUGGGUUAUCGAUUGAUAUCACUUUACAAUAUGCUGCCCCAGAACUCAUCAACAAUUCUGGAACACCUCCAACUUAUAAUUCAGAUUUGUAUUCAGUCGGAUUGAUUUUGUUAUCUGCUGCAAUCGGUCAAGAACCUUAUACUGAAGUUUUGAGACAAAAUGAUCGUUCAAAUUUCAUUUAUUUAACAGAAUGCAUCAAGAAGAACAAAGUAUUAGAUCUUUUAUCACAAAAGAGCUUGAAUAUUUUACAAUCCAAUUUGGAUGCCUACAAUUUAAUCAAAAUGAUAUUGAUUGAUAGAGUUGACCUUGACCAAGUAAUUGGUAUUUUGAACAAUUGAAUCCACGCUCGUUACACACACCCUUUAAUAUUGCACUUCAUACCCCUUUUGUUUUUCUGCAUGGCUAUUCCAUUUGUGUUUUUUAAUUUGCUUACACAUUUUUGCCCACCACGGUAUUCUCUCAGUUUAUGUUCCAGGAGAGUUUUUGUAUUAUUAUUUCAUUUUAUGGUCCAUUUAUUGAUCACCAUCCACACUAUUGUAUAUCUAAUUAAUCAGCAUAGCUAUUUUAUGAUUAGCUGAUGAUACCC